UAUUCAUGUUAUACAAAAGUUCUGUUUUUUUAAUCAAAAACUUUAAAAGCUCUUCAAAAUUCUACUUUUCCAGCAGUGCAUCAGCAUUAACACAUUUUUCAUAUUGUCUCAUAUUCUUAAUCAUUGUUUUUUGCACACAUUUAAAUAAAUAUUUGUUCCUGGGUAACUUUGUAUCAACAAACACAGGAUAGUUUCACCACAUUAAAUGAUUGAAGUGACUCAUUUCUGACGACUGAUGUUAGUUUGUUGGAUUUUCCUCGAUGAUCGAUCAAUAUGAUGUUUCUGCUGCAUGUUUGACGCUCGUCUCAAACUGAACUCAUUCGAUUUGUUUAACGAGUAGUUAAAGUACUCGAGUACCAAACGCAAACUCUUGUGCCAUCGUGCUUUCCUGACCCGAACGCUCGGAUUAAAUAAAUGGGGCGCGAGCGCUUUAGCGUGGCGGUGAAACAGCGUCUGGUUUUCAGGGUGUCUGUCGGCUGCACCGACCCCUCUGUGUCGCUGUCGUAGUUUAUCCCUCUGUGGUCGUGCUGACGCUGCCUGUGGCUGUAACGGCGAUAAACACUCGCUCGUCUCCACGCAGGAACGACCCCCUCGAUCCACGUGUGGGACGCCAUGGGCAAGCAGACGCUGUCCAUCCUCCGCUGUCCGCACAGCAAAGGCGUCGGCUACGUGAACUUCAGCGCCACGGGAAAGCUGCUGCUGUCCGUCGGAGUGGACCCUGAACACACCAUCACGGUGUGGCGCUGGCAGGAAGGAUCUCGAGCGUGCGGGAAAGCCGGACACCCGGACCGGAUCUUCGUGGUGGAGUUUCGGCCCGACUCGGACGCUCAGUUCGUGUCGGUGGGAAUCAAACACGUGAAGUUCUGGACGCUGGCCGGCGGCGCGCUGAUGUACAAGAAGGGCGUGGUGGGGACGCUGGAGGACGGCAGGAUGCAGACGAUGCUGUCUGUCGCCUUCGGUGCGAAUAACUUGACGUUCACAGGGGCCAUUAACGGGGACGUGUACGUGUGGCGAGAUCACUACCUGCUGCGGGUGGUGGCGAAGGCUCACACCGGGCCGGUCUUCACCAUGUACACCACCCUGAGAGACGGACUCAUCGUCACCGGUGGAAAGGAGAGGCCGACGAAGGAGGGCGGAGCAGUGAAGCUCUGGGAUCAGGAGAUGAAACGAUGCCGAGCCUUCCAGCUGGAGACCGGGCAGCAGGUGGAGUGCGUGCGGUCGGUCUGCAGAGGCAAGGGUAAGAUCCUGGUGGGGACGAAAGACGGCGAAAUCAUCGAGGUCGGGGAGAAGAACGCGGCGUCCAACCUGCUGCUGGACAGUCACGCUCGGGGGGGAAUCUGGGGUCUGGGCGCUCAUCCGGCCAAAGAUCUCUGCAUCACGGCGAGCGACGACGCCACCAUCCGCCUGUGGGACCUCGCCGACAAGAAACUGCUGAACAAAGUGUGCGUCGGCCACGCGGCUCGCUGCGUCAGCUACAGCGCAGACGGAGAGAUGCUGGCGGUGGGGAUGAAGAACGGCGAGUUCCUCCUCCUCCUCUCCAAUUCGCUGAAGAUGUGGGCGAAGAAGCGAGACCGCAGCGCCACCGUCCAGGACAUCCGCUUCAGUCCGGACCGGCGGCUGUUGGCGGUCGGCUCCGUGGAGAACACGGUGGACGUGUACGACGUGAGCGCAGGGCCGACGCUGAACCGGCUGGUUUACUGCAGCGACAUCCCCGCCUUCGUCCUGCAGCUCGACUUCUCUGCUGACAGCUGCUACGUACAGGUGUCCACCGGAGCUUAUAAGCGGCAGGUGUUCGAGGUUCCUUCUGGAAAGCUGGUGAGCGACCCGAUCGCCAUCGACAGAAUCACCUGGGCAACGUGGACCAGCAUCCUGGGAGACGAAGUUUUGGGGAUUUGGCCUCGAAACGCCGACAAAGCUGACGUGAGCUGCGCGUGUGUGUCUCACGGCGGCCUGAACAUCGUCACCGGCGACGACUUUGGAUUGGUCAAACUGUUCGACUUCCCCUGCACAGAGAAGUUUGCCAAACACAAGCGCUACCUCGGCCACUCGCCUCAUGUGACCAACAUCCGCUUCUCCCACGACGACAAAUACGUGAUCAGCACAGGAGGAGACGACUGCAGUGUGUUUGUGUGGAAAUGUCUGUAAACACUCGGAUCCACAGCGCCUUAAACAGACCACAAGUGGAUCCAGAGGGAGUCGAACCCACAACCGGCCCGAGCCUCCAACGCCACGUGGGCCAGACUGCGACUAACCCUCCACGACGGACGGAUGCAUGGACAUGAACACAAAGCCUCGGGAGAACCCGCGGACUCUAUCAGCUGAUGUUUACAUGUUUGUCGUUUUCUUUUUUGGUCACAUGGUGAAAAAAACAUUAAAAUUUGUGCAAACAGGUUCAUAAAGUGAGGGAGCGCACAGCUGUAAACCAAUCAAACGACAGACCCCUCCCUCACUUUGGUCAACCACACGCUCAGAUUUGCACGUCAGUGCGCCCCCUGCAGGGCUCAGCGGGAACCUUCCUGAUGAAUCACAUGACUCAGAGGAUCCAUCAGCUGGUAUCUGACCAAAACCCACAGGAUGACCUUGUUGGACGGUUUCUGCCACCUGCUGUUACCCAUAAGGCCUUGCGUUGGGUCGUCGCAGUGGUUUGAACAUUUAAGACAUUCCAGUCGGCUCAAAGCUGCUGCUUCCACAAAACUGAGCAGAAAUCAGAGUUUAAGGCAGCUCUAACUGAGCCGCGCUGAAGGUAAUUAAAACGGCUUCAAACGAACGUACGGAGGCCCACAAGUGUCACACAAGAACUAUUUCUCUAACAUCUUCAGACGCAAACGGUAAUCUGAAGAUACUCGGUUACAUUCAGGGGUUAUUUUGGCAAUAAGUCAUUUACGAUAAAAUUCACACGCAUCUGUCAAAGUUUCAAAGGAAACAGAAACUAUAAAAAGAGACGUUAAAGUUAAAUUAGGAGGAAUAAACGCAAAGACACAAACGGCACAGCAAACGAAAUUAAAAUGUCAUUAAAUUAAAGAAAAAGAAAAGACUAAAAGAUUUAUUACAUCGCUCUGUUUUCUUUUCUUUGAGGUGGAUUCAUUUUUAUCUUCAAGUAAAACACAAAAGUCUUUGUUUAUAUAAAAACGAAACACCGACAUGAAGCAAAAUAAAAACUACGAGAAACAAAAUGAAAUCACCACGGGGGGGUCAAAGGUCAUCCUGGUACAUUGCUCUGGUUUCUGUUUGGUUUUGAUGCAAUCAGCAUCUUAUUACGUGUUGUUGAAAUGAGCCGAUUCGAGCGGGCGUUCUGGUCAAACUAAGAUUUCUUUAUGCAGAAAACAGAAACGUUAAACUGCUUUAUAAUAAAAAAUAAUCGAAUGCAGUUUCAUAUUUACAGAAACUUUGCGAAGUUUGUCUGAAAAAACAAAAAGUCUCACGGUCACGUUUCAUGUCAGCGCCUUCACUGCAUCUGUGGUUGGACAUCGUCACACUUAAGUGCCUUUCCGGAUCUUUCUACCUGUGUUUGUUUCUUUUGGACGAGGUUCAUAUGCUCGAUUUAUUUGUUUUUAAUCCAUAAUUGAACUCGUGUUUUCUUUUUUGUACUCUGUCUGGUGCUACACUGAGAAUGUUCAUCCAAAAAUGGACGUUUAAAAAAAGAAGCUUUUUGCUUUGCUGCUGCUUUUUGUUUGAAAGACGUGAAACAUCCAAAGCUUCGUGAUCGCACCAACACGCAGGAAAAGAUAUUUGGAGACGUGUUCAUGUUUCUCGGAGCGUGGACGAGUCUGUGUGUCGGAUUAUUAACGUGUAACUGUCGUGAAACGUGUCAAAGAGUCUGUGUGUGUAACCAUGAACGAAAAAAAACCUGUGAGAAACCAA